GAGUUUUAUCUUAAAGGGAAAUUAUGAUUAUUAAUCGACUUUGUUUCUUGGGUCCAAGAGUGUGCACCACACACGCGCCCGAUCCUCAAUCGCAUUCUUCUUCCUUCUUCAGAGAGCAAAAUGUGUCCUCUCAGAUUCAUUCUCGUAUUCUUGUCCGCAACCCUCGCCGGUUUCUUCGUCCUCCGGAACCUCAGAUCUCAGCCUCCGACCGCCGAAGACGACGGUGACACGGUAGUUGUCCCAUCCAACCCCAAAAUCUCAGACUCCUCCGAUGCUUCCUCCAACGCCACUUCCAAGGUUAGCGCUCUGGUAGUGUCUGGGUUCUGGACCUUCGUGGAUAUGGCUAGUGGGCGGUAUCUGUGGAGGCAUUUGGUCUCUAACUCUUCCAAGAGAUCGUGACGUGUGUUGUUGCACCUGUUCGAUUCAAUGAUCUCUUUGGGCCCAAAAUGGGUGAUUCAACGUUGCCUCUGAUGUUGUAAUUUUUGGGGGUCAAUUUGGAUGCUGUGUAUCAUAUAGCUGUUGUUCAUAGUGUUGGUGUUUUUGUUGUUGCUUUUUGAUUGAUGAAAACUUCAUUACUGCAAUUAUAAUGAUAAUAGUGAAGAUGAAGCAUAUGCUUUUGGUAUAUCAUCGUAUAUGAAGUGUGUGUGUGCUCUUUUCAGUUUUUACUGUUUCUGUUCAGGAUUGCUGGGUUCUUUCAUGUACUACUGUAAAAUUUUUAGAAUAAACCGUCGAUUUAGUUUUUCAA